AUGACACUCAACCUCGGCCGAGAACAAUCAUUUUGUGAUCGGAUUUCAGCAUCGUCAUCAUUACGGAAAUUUAGUUCUGUUGACACCAUCAUCCUUCAUCUCCAUGACCUUCGAAGGUAUCGUAAUCAUUACGACUUUACGACAUGGUCCUCAACCAUGACCCACACUCUAUUGCCAAGAUUAUUGAUUCUUACAUUUGCCAUCUCUUUUCUUUUUUCACAUUUCAUUUCAUUCACACAAGCAAAAGUCAUUCUACACACCUCAGGUUCUACAUUCUCUUCAUUUGCAAAUCAAAAUUUAAAAACAAUUUAUACUAAUGAUGAUUCACAUCCAAAUUCAAUGGAAUACAAUGAACAAUUAGACUCCAUGAAUGCUUUUCAAAAAUUAAUGACAACUGACGUGGUUAUGAGUGAUGUGAAUAUUCCGCAAGUAUUUUCAAAUGGCGUUUAUCAUUCACAACCACUACCCAUCAAUGGCACGAGUUGUGUGCAAAAUAUGUUUGGUGUGUUGGUAUGGUGUGUCCAUUCACAAUUUUCUACCACAACCAUUUCACAAAUUAAUUUAUCACUCGACACAUUGGUACAAAUUUAUGAUGGAACAGUGAGAUAUUGGAAUGAUUCGAGAAUUAAGAGUGAGAAUCCAUCACUCGCUUCUCAAUUACCAUUUACUGAAAUUAAGGUAUUGUCUCGUUCUGGAUCGAGUGGUACAAGUUUCAAUGUUUUGAAUUAUUUAGCGAGGGUGAAUUCGGACUUUGAAAACAAGUAUCAAAUACUGUCCAAACCAACGUUCAAUAUGAGACAAGUUUUGAAUGUAACAAACAUUAUGGUGGACAUUCCAACCAAUAGAGAAAUGAUUCGAUAUGUCAAUUCCAUGGAAGGUGCACUUGGUUAUACAAGUUUAAAUGCCUAUGACAACAUGCCCAGUACUCAAAAAUCCAAAGUAGUUUUAGUGAAUGUGCUUGUCAAUGGUAUUUCAAUUUCUCCAAAUGUAGAAAACGUCAAGUCCACCAUUUCCAAAUACGACUCAAAGAUACUCACUUCCUCAUCUAUCUUUUCACAAAGUCUGAAAAUUGCACAAUCCACAUCUUCCUCUUCAUUGUACUAUCCUUUCAUUACUUUUACAUAUUGGUGUGUCAAGACAUCCUAUUCCAUUACAGAAGAAGGUGCUGCUAUUUUACAAUUUAUUUUAAAUUCAUAUCGAGUCAUGGAUUCUGAAUUUAAAGUGACCAUCUCACAGUCAUCCUCCACACUGAAUGAUGAUGACAUGAUCAUUACAAGUCUCACUUGGAAUACUGCUCAAACUCAUUUUUCAAUGAAAAAGAAUCAACUUGAAGAUGUAUUAUACAUGAGUGGAACAUUUGCAAUCAUGACAGCAUUAUCAUCCACUAACUUUAAAACAUUGAGUGCUGUAAUGAUGUGUGAAAACAAAAAGUGUUCCUCGUUUCUUCAAAAUAUUUCUACACCCGCAACUUCUCCAUUUGAGUUAUUUUUAUAUAUUGCCAUUCCAAUUAUCAGUGUAUUGGUUCUUUCUAUCGUUGUGAUUGUCAUUGGAAUUAUUUCUUAUUGCAUGGUGAAAAGAAGAAACCUUAAAACACCAUCUCAAUUGAAUCAACAAUUAUUGGAUGAUUUUGAACCACAUCAACAAGAUUCAGCUUCAACCUAUACCUAUACUCCAAAAUUAUUUGAAUAUGAUCAAUUGAAAAGUACAAUCAAAGCAGAGGAAUUGACAUUGGAUGAACAAAUUGGAAGUGGAUCAUUCAGUGAAGUUUAUAAAGGUCGAUGGCUGGGUGCGAUGGUUGCUGUGAAACGUUUCAUGAUUAAUCAUCAUGUUGAGAGUGAAGAAGUGAUACAAGAUUUUAUUAAGGAAUCCAAAUUAAUGUCCAAAUUGAGACAUCCCAAUGUGGUACAAUUUUUAGGAGUUUGUGUUCAAAUGCCACACUUGUAUAUGGUCACUGAAUUUUGUGAACGAGGAAAUUUACAACACAUACUCAAAGAUAAGAAAAUCAAAUUAUCUCUUAGAAAAACAAUUUCAUUGGCUCUAGAUGCUGCUCGUGGAAUGUUCUAUCUCCACAGUAAUAACCCUCCAAUCGUUCAUCGAGAUUUUAAGAGUGCCAAUUUAUUGGUUGAUAAGAAUUGGUCUGUGAAAGUUGCUGAUUUUGGAAUGAGUCGAAUUCUUGACUCACAGCAACAAAUGACAGUUUGUGGAACAGCUGAAACUUGUGCUCCUGAAGUGUUAAAACGAAGCAUGUACACCGAGAAGGCAGAUGUUUAUUCUUAUGGAAUUGUUUUGUGGGAAUUAUUUACAAGAGGUCAAUUAUAUCCUGGUUUGGGAUUUUAUGAAUUAUCUUCUCGAGUGGUCAAUGAAGGACUGCGACCUGACCUAACAGGACCACGCUUCACAGAAGGGCAUAUUCCAAAAGAAAUUGUUAACAUUAUGACACAAUGUUGGGAUGAAGAUCCAAAUGUGAGACCUGACUUUGGAAGAAUUGUUGAAGUUUUGGAAGAACAAUUAGAGAUUGAAUUGGAAAGAAGUGAAAAAUCAAAAUAA